UGAUCAUGUUGGAACUGGUUCAGUAAGAUUAUCAUCUUUUUUUGGUGUCCUCGUGAGUCAAUUCAUUCCGGUUACAAUUUCUGAUUGGAGACAAGUUGAUGCAGCGACUAAAGAAACAUUGUGGGAACAAAUUCAGGGGAGGUUUGACAUGGAAGAAGAAUGGAAAAAAGCUGUUAUUAUGAAGCAAAUGUGUAAUAUCUUUAGGGGUAUGAAGUCAAGACUAGUGACAAAAGUACGUGCUGCUAAGACAACUGCUGAUAUACUAGCUUUAAAACCCAGCAACAUCCCAUCCAUUCAAGUGUGGAACUCUUGGGUUAAGAGCAAGACUAGCAAAGCUUUUACGGAAGUAAGUAACAAGAUGAGGAAGUUGAGACAUGAUCAGAUUCCUCAAACCUCCAGCCGCAAAGGAUUGGUUCGUUUAGCUGAUGAUAUGAAAAAAAAGAGUUCAAACCCAAGUAAGGUGACUAGGACUAAGGUAUGGUUAGCGGGACACACUCAUGCUGAUGGUAGACCUGUGAAGCCUCAAUUUGCUGAGACUAUUAAACAAAUACAAUCACUUGAUAUAGGUUCAGUUGUACCUUGGCCAACCGAGAAAGUGAAGUUUGUGUGA